UCUCAACAUCUCGACAAUGGUCCGCACAAAUCUUAUCGUCGGGGUUAACAAAGGGCAUGCCACCACCCCCAUCCCGAAGAAGUCAAAGCCUGCCAGGAGUCGUUCCGAGAGGGCUAAACUUGUUAACUCUAUUACCCGCGAAGUUUGUGGAUUCUCUCCUUAUGAACGUCGUGUGAUGGAGUUGUUGCGAAUCAGCAAGGAUAAGAAGGCGAAAAAGCUGGCAAAGAAGAGGCUCGGGACGCUCGCUCGUGCCAAGAGAAAACUUGACGAACUUUCCAACAUCAUUACCGAGGCUCGUCGUACGCAUUAAAACGCGAGUAAGGGCGGAUUUUACGUUGUAUUCAUUGAAUCCUUCCCAUUUCACCGAUUCCAAUGACUUUGCACCCCAUUCGUCCCUCCUCAUGCCUCUCCCUCGCAUUCGGUGUCCCCACGGAGCACAAUAGUAGCCUGUCCUUAUGUACUUUGCAUGCUAUGCUAUGCCUCACCAAUGAACUUGCUAUAUCAAGCGCUCGCAACUAAUUAGUUCUGCGGUUAAGGAUGUGAUUACCGAAUGGAGACAUUCCCCAAGCAUCCUCUAUGA